AUAUUAUCAAAUAUAUAGAAUUUUAUAGUUAGAUCACUGUUCAACAUUCUUUGAGUGAAACAUCAGAAACGCACGUAGUGUUGACAAAACACAAAAUUUUUGCUUCCGAGCAUAAAGUCGUUUUCAUAGCGUUUCAUCGUCAGUAAGAUAAAUUGUUUGUUACAACGGGUUAGUUAAAGAGCUGUAUCGUGGUGUUGUAAUUCUGCUGUGGAUAACCUAAUUUAGUGGAGUUCUAUAAUAAUUGAUCAUUAAUAUCGUGUACUAUGCCCAUAUAAUUCGUCAAUAUCCAUAUAACUAAGUCAUUCUCGUGAAAGUGAGACAAGAGGAUUUUUGGAACAAUCAAAUUGAUUCCAAAUGAACUAAUAUGAUAUUGUCACCUGUAAACAAUGGUCAGUAGAAAUUAUUCACAAGACAAAGUAAUUUGGCCAAUAGAAGUUUUGGUGAACAACAUUUAAAAAGAACAAUUCAUCCUGAAUUUGGUGCACGUCCAACUCAAAUCGAGAUUAUUCCAGCGGCAGACAGAUGAAAAUCUUUAAAUUAGAACUUUCUGCAAGGCCGAUUGCGAAAAGCGAACUAACAUGGUCCCAGAUACUCGUUACAGUGACGAUAGCCAUUGGUGCGAUAUCCUUGGGAGUGAUCCUGUCAUAUUCAGCUCCUGCCAUUGAAUCAAUGAAGGACAGAAAUCAAACCAAUUUCGACGUAUCGGAAGCGGAGGUAUCUUGGGUCGUAUCCGUUGUGCCUUUGACCGGAAUUAUAGGGAGUUUUACUGGUGGUCAACUACUCGAAUAUGCUGGUCGAAAAUGGACAAUGUUUGCGAUGUCUAUCCCGUGUAUGGCAGGAUGGCUCUUGAUCGGUAUUGCUGCAAACAUGGCUAUGAUUUUGCUGGGGCGCUGUUUGACCGGGAUAAGUUUGGGCAUGGCGUCUGUGAGUUUUCAAGUAUAUCUGUCCGAAGCAGUCCAUCCCAGUGUGCGAGGAUCACUUGGCGUCUUCGGAACUCUGGCAGCCAAUUUCGGAGUUAUUGUGGGCUAUGGAUUAGGUACUUUUCUUAACUGGUAUCAACUAGCCUUUUGUGGAUUAGGAUUGAUAAUUCCGUUUGCACUGCUGACCUUAUUUGCCCUGCCUGAAACGCCGCGGUGGUAUGUAAAAAAGAAUCGUGAAAGUGACGCACGCAGAUCUCUCACUUGGUUGCGCGCCAAAGGGUACAAUGUUGAGGCAGAAAUUAAGGAAUUCAUAAGAUCGAAUUCUGAAGACAAUGCAGUGAAGACCAAUCAAUUUGAGCAGUUGGUGAAAAAGCAAAAUCUAAAACCCAUGCUCAUUGUCAUUGGCGCGAUCUUUUCAGCACAAAUCUCUGGCGUUCAAUGUCUUAUUUUUUACAACGUUUCAGUUUUCAAGAUGGCGGGAACUAUCUUGAAACCGAACGUUAGCUCAAUGAUAACUGCUUGUGGUUUAAUGUUAGCUACGUUUGUGCCUGUCUGUUUAAGUGAUCGUAUUGGACGGAAGGCUCUACUCAUAUUCUCAGGAGUAACCAUCUUUGUUCCAAUGCUCAUACUGGGCACGUUCAUUUACUUCAUGCAUAAUAAAGAAAUUUCGCCGAAUUUGUCCUGGAUUCCACUCGCAUGCAUGUUCAUUAUUCUAGUAGCUUAUGCGUGCGGAUAUGGGCCAAUUCCAUUUUUGCUGAUGGGGGAAUUGCUUCCGAUGCCGAUACGAGGAUUAGGUGCUAGUUUAGCAAUUCUAGGCAAUUUCCUAGCAGCCUUCAUCACCGCGAAAACUUUUCUAAACCUCCUGGGUGUCCUAAAUAUAUACGGUGUAUUUUGGAUGUAUUCUUGCUUUACAUUUUUGACGUUAUUCUUCAUGGCGUACUUCGUACCGGAAACAAAGAAUAAAACUUUGGAGGAGAUCCAACGUGGGUUAGUCGGAACCGGAUAUCGUAAAAGCGAAAGUAGUGAUCAGUCGUGAGAAAAAGUAAAGAAAAAUAGCACCGAAAAAUAAAGCAAUGCUACCAACUC